ACGGGUGAAGAAGCUGGAAAAAGAUUGGCGACGCUUCCUCUGAUCUGCGAUUUGUACACUUUCAUCCACAGCUUGAGCCUAGCUGUCAAAAGCUCGGCACUGGACUUGGUGAGACCAAGAUCUCUACUCAAGUCGUUGUUUUUGGUUGGGGUAGAGUGGGUUUCUCUCCUCAGCUCCACCUCUGAAACUGUCAUCUGAAUCUACAACGUCUUCCUCGCUCUCGGACUUGCUGUGGAUACGAGUGGGUACGGGGAGCUCAUGGCAGAGUGGCAUCGGGGCGAAGGAUGAAGGAAGAUCUGGUGCAUUCUUGCCAGUCCAACGUUUGGAAGGGUCCACCAUGCAGAAGUAGCAGUUGCUGGAGAGGUCAAAUUGAGAAAGGAAACGGACUGAAAAACGAAGAGAGGUCAAAGGUCAUGACCUCACUUUGAUCCCAGGCAUAUUGUUCCAUUCAACUCUUGUGACCUCAUGUUCCACACCUUCCCCAACAAAUCCAGGGGGCAGACGGCGGUUGCCAUGGAGAAGACCUACUCGCUAACGGCGCAUUACGACGACUUUCAGGAAAUCAAGUAUGGCAGCCGCUACAGCAGCAGCACGCUCAGUAACGGCAGGAGCUUGAAUCUGGGUGGGUCUCUGGAUCGCAGUGGGCGUGGCCGAAAUGGGCGGGACAAGUGUGUGGGCGCGGCCAGUCCUGGGGGCGUAACCCACGCUCGCUGGAGUCGGCGUGAAAUCUGCCUACUCUCAGCGCUGGUGUUCGCGGCGGGAAUGUGCGUGAUUCUUGGCUGCAUGCUGGCGCUGAAGUUUCUGUCGUUAGAAACGCAGGAUUCUCAGUGUCGUCAGGACUGUGUGAAGCGACGCUCGCUGCUCCGUGCGGCACGGUUUGUCCAGGGCAACAUUGACCCGAGCGUCCAGCCCUGUCACGACUUCUACAGCUUUGCGUGCGGAGGUUGGCUCCGGAGACAUGGAAUACCGGAGGAUAAACUGAGUUAUGGAAUCAUUACCGCCAUCGGAGAGCAAAACCAAGAGAAGCUGCAGCGCCUCCUACAAACGCCGAUCCAGAGGAAUGAACCGGGUAGCGCAGAGAGAAAGGUGAAAGAAUUUUAUCGCUCCUGCAUGACCAUUCAGGAAAUUGACCGUCUGGGGGCAGGGCCUAUGACGGAGGUGAUUGAAAGCUGCGGUGGGUGGGACCUGUCUGGAGCUCCUCCCGGAGGGGCGGGCUGGGACAGUGGCUCCGCCCCCGUGAGGCCAGAUUUUAAUGAGAUGCUGUAUAAGACUCAGGGCGUGUACAGCACAUCUGUGUUCUUCUCUCUCACUGUCAGUGUAGACGAUAAAAACUCAUCACGCAAUGCCAUACGGAUCGACCAGGAGGGUUUGACUCUACCGGAGAGAACUCUGUAUCUGGGUCAGGAUGAGGACAGUGUGAAGAUUCUGGCAGCCUAUAAGGCGUUGAUGGAGAGAUUGCUGAGCAUGCUGGGAGCUCAUAACGCCACGCUGAAAUCCCGCGAGAUUCUGGACCUGGAGACAAGACUUGCUAAUAUCACCGUGUCUGAAUUUGACGACCAAAGAAAAGAUAUAAGUAGCAUUUACAACCGCAUACCAUUAAAACAACUCCAGAAAAUGGCUCCAAGUUUUCACUGGAAGCGUUUGUUGGAUCGGAUCUUCCAUGAUAAUUUCUCAGAGGAGGAGGAGAUCGUCGUUCUCGCCGCCGACUACAUGCAAAGAGUGUCGGACAUCAUUAAAACCACGUCUAAACGGGUUCUUCAUAACUACAUGUUGUGGCGGAUCGUGGCGGCGCUGAGCGAGCAUCUCUCCACGGCGUUCCGCAGCACCAUCCAUGAGUUCUCGCGCGAGAUCGACGGGACCGAGCGUCAGCUUGAACUGGGGCGACUCUGUCUCACUCAAGCCAACAAACACUUCGGCAUGGCGCUCGGCGCGCUCUUUGUGCAACACUACUUCUCUUCUAAGAGCAGAGCCAAGGUACAGGAGCUGGUGGAGGACGUUAAACAUUCGUUAGAUCUGAGACUGCAGGAGCUUGACUGGAUGGAUGAAGAAACUAAAGAAGCUGCCAGAGCAAAGUUACAGCAUAUGAUGGUGAUGACCGGUUAUCCAGACUUCCUGAUAAAGCCAGAACUUAUUGACGAGGAAUAUGCGUUUGAUGUCAAUGAGAAGACGUAUUUCAAGAACAUCCUCAACAGCAUCAAGUACAACAUCAAACUCUCCAUCAAAAAGAUUCACAAAGAGGUGGACAAGACAACGUGGCUGCUUCCUCCACAAGCUUUAAAUGCUUAUUACCUUCCAAACAAAAACCAGAUGGUUUUUCCUGCAGGAAUUCUCCAGCCGACCCUCUAUGAUCCGGAGUUUCCUCAGUCACUGAAUUAUGGAGGAAUCGGUGCGAUCAUUGGACACGAACUGACACACGGAUACGACGACUGGGGUGGGCAGUAUGAUCGCUAUGGUAACCUGAAGCAGUGGUGGACAGAAGAAUCCUACAGGAAGUUUCAGAAGAAGACCGAGUGUAUCAUCAAACUAUAUGACAACUUCACUGUCUAUAAUCAGAGGGUGAAUGGACGUUUGACGCUGGGAGAGAACAUCGCUGAUCUGGGUGGACUGAAGUUGUCUUAUUAUGCAUAUCAGAAGUGGGUUCGUGAUCACGGUCCUGAGCGUCCUCUUCCAGGACUGAAAUACACACAUGAGCAGCUGUUCUUCAUCGCGUUUGCUCAGAACUGGUGCAUGAAGAGACGAUCACAGUCGAUAUACCUUCAGUUACUGACUGAUAAACAUGCACCUGAGCACUACAGAGUAAUCGGCAGCGUGUCUCAGUUUGAAGAGUUCGGCCGUGUGUUCCACUGUCCCAGAGGGUCACCCAUGCACCCCGUUAACAAAUGUGCUGUUUGGUGACCUUUGAACCCUUUCCUCAUCUAGUCAUCUUUCACACCAGAACCCGGUCUGAGCUUCUCCGACGUCAUGAUACACAUGAAAUCCUGAUGCAUAUUGAAGUUUACAGCAUGUGAAGGGACAUCAAAGCCGCUCACGCUCCAUCAUCAGGCCGACAGCUCAUGUGCCAUAUUUAUAUUUGAUUAUUUUUAUAUUCUAAUGCAAAGUGUGAAACCUCAAUGGAGAGAUCAGAUGAUGAUUGUGUAUGUUAGAAAUACUGCCUGUGUGUGUGAGUGUGUGUGUGUGAGUGUGUGUGUGUGUAAGUGUGUGAGUGUGUGUGAGUGUGUGAGUGUGUGUGUGUGUGUGUGU